AUGGUAGAGAAUGGUAACCGUUUCCCUCACGUCAAUGCAGUCGAAAGAAAAGUCUCACAAGGUUCCAGCAAGCAGAAUUAUCGUAAUGAAAGCCACAGACCAUCAUCCCCAUGCUGGUCAUGUGCAGGCCUCCACAUGAUCAGUGGUUCAAAAACAAUGCCAAAUUGUUUAGUGUUGCUGGUUACGGUGAUUUCUUGCUCCACAGUGUGGUCACUUGAAACGUUGGAAACUACAACCGAGGAUCACACAAAUUCCAAUAGCUCAGAAACACAAACAAGAUUUUUGUACAGUCGGUCACCGCCAGUAAAAUGCAUGAGACUAUUUAGCUUUUACAAAAACAGGGAUUAUUGGAUCGAUUUAUGUGACAGUAAUCCAUCACUUUCACCAUUUCUAAAGAAGUAUACAAGAGCAGUUUGUUCACCACGCUCCACCAGAUUCGAUAACAUCAAAUACUGGGUGGUAUAUUCGCAAGUGAUGUUUCGUGGUCGAUAUAUACUAGUUCAACCAGAUACAUGUGUUACAGUCAUUCGUCGAGGUGGACUACGAUCAGUUGGAUCCAUAAUGAAGUGUUUAACAUGGCCUAGAAACAGUGUUCAUUCACCUUGUAAUAUACCACGAGAGUCAACGAGGAUGUCUGAUGAAAGUGGGGAAAAUAUUGUUGAUGCACUGAAUCAGGAGUGGAAUUCUGGGGACGAAACACCUAAUGAAUUUGACCCAGGUUCAUCAGAGAAAGACAGUGAAAAUGUCGAUAUUAUUACUAAGUGAAAUCAUUACUUGACACUUGUAUUGCUAUCAUGCUAUCACUAAUCAACAAUUACAUUUUAAUUAACAAUUUCAAGACUUUUAACAAUUGUGUAGAUUAACGCAUUACAAGUUGACACUGAGAGUGACAUGAUUUCAAUGGUAUGAUUUCUUUUGUUAUUUCAGUAAAGUAUUAUCUAGUUGAAAUGAAUUGCACGAGGUGAAGUGUUCUGGAUGUGCAUGAACAAAAUGCAUGACAUAAUUGAUGGGUGUCAGAGUAUGCGACAGUUCGAAACAGUUCAUUAUCAUUAUUAUCAUUAUUACUAUCAUCUAUUAGGGAAAAAUGAGUUAUUUAUUCAGGGUUAUAGAGAGAUAUCUUAUCUGUAGAACUUCCA